UGCUGCUGCCCUCCCUCGGCACGGGGCCGAGCCGGGCCGAGCCGAGCCCAACCGGGCCGGACUGCGCCCACACGAGCCGAGGAGCCCGACCGAACCGAGCCGAGCUGCGCCGAGACGAGCAGAGACGAGUGGAGCCGAACUGAGCCGAGGAGAGGAACCGAGCGCAGCCGAACCGACCCGAGCGGGGCCGAACUGAGCUGAGGAGACGAACCGAGCCGGGCCGAACAGACCCGAACCUAGCCGAGUGAGGCCGAACAGAGCCGAACCGAGCCGAGGAGCCGAACCGAGCCGGGCCGAGCGCAGCCGAGUGAGGCCGAACAGACCCGAACCGAGCCGAGGACCGAACCGAGCCGGGCCGAGCGCGGCCGAGUGAGGCCGAACAGAGCCGAACAGACCCGAACCGAACCGAACAGCUUCGUUUCCUCGCUGCUCCGCUCGGGGUGACCUGCGUGCCCCGUGUGCCACCAUGGCGUCGCGCAUCGGGCUGCGCAUGGAGCUGAUGAAGCAGCAGGCGCAGCAGGAAGCGGAGCGGGAGCGGGUGCAGCAGCAGAUGAUGAUGAGCUACAUGCAGCAGCAGCGCAUGCCCGUGGCCUCCAGCCCCGCCAUCAACACCCCCGUCCACUUCCAGUCCCCUCCGCCCGUGCCUGGAGAGGUGCUCAAGGUCCAGUCCUACCUGGAGAACCCCACCACCUACCACCUGCAGAAGUCUCGGGACAAGAAGGUCCAGGCCUAUCUGUCGGAAACCUACGGGAACAAGUUCGCUGCCCACGUCAGCCCCGCCAGCCACUCUCCCAAGCCACCCCCGGCCGCGUCCCCCGGCGUCCGGCCCGGCCACGUCCUGUCCUCCUCUGCGGGCAACAGCGCUCCCAACAGCCCCAUGGCCAUGCUCAACAUCGGCUCCAACCCUGAGCGUGAGUUCGAUGAGGUCAUCGAUGACAUCAUGCGCCUGGAUGACGUUUUGGGCUACAUGAACCCCGAAGUGCACAUGCCCAACACGCUGCCCAUGUCCAGCAGCCACAUGAAUGUCUACAGCGGGGACCCGCAGGUGACGGCGUCACUCGUUGGUGUCACCAGCAGCUCCUGCCCUGCCGACCUCACCCAGAAGAGAGAGCUCACAGACGCCGAGAGCCGAGCCCUGGCUAAAGAGCGCCAGAAGAAAGACAAUCACAACCUGAUUGAGAGGCGGCGAAGGUUCAACAUCAACGACCGCAUCAAGGAGCUGGGAAUGCUGAUCCCCAAAGCCAACGACCUGGACGUGCGCUGGAACAAGGGGACGAUCCUGAAGGCGUCUGUGGAUUACAUCAAGAGGAUGCAGAAGGACCUGCAGAGGUCCCGGGACCUGGAGAAUCACUCGCGGCGCCUGGAGAUGACGAACAAGCAGCUGCUGCUCCGCAUCCAGGAGCUGGAGAUGCAGGCACGCGUGCACGGGCUGCCCACCUCCUCACCCUCGGGCGUCAACGUGGCCGAGCUGGCUCAGCAGGUGGUCAAACAAGAGGCCAGCGGGGACGAGGGGACCCUGGAGCCGCUGCUGCCACCCCCAGACCCCGAGUCCCAGGCACAGCCAGCGCUGCCAGCGCCGCCCCAGUCCCCGUAUCACCAGCUGGACUUUACCCACAGCCUGAGCUUCGACGACGGCUCCCAGGGCUUCCCCGACAGCCUGGAGCCCGGGCACAGCGCUUCCUUCCCCUCCCUAUCCAAGAAGGAGCUGGACUUGAUGCUGAUGCAGGACACCAUGCUGCCCCUGGCCUCUGACCCCUUGUUCUCAGCCAUGUCCCCCGAGGCCUCCAAGGCCAGCAGUCGCCGCAGCAGCUUCAGCAUGGAGGACACGGACAUGCUGUGAUGGGGUGGGCGAGUCCCAGGACACUCCUGGCAGGAGGAGCCCAUCCUGCCAUGCACUUGAACCUUCCCAGGAGUACCUUUCUCUAUGCAACAGGGGCUCAGGUUGGGUGCCACCGUGUCUUUCACAGCUUCUUUUUGCCAGGAGCGGGGUUGGACCUUCCUGGCUUUGCCGUGACUGCAGAUUGCACAGCCUGGCAGUGACAUCUCGGCUGCUUUGCCUUUCAGCACCCCCAGGGUGGUGCCUCAGAGCCCCUGGGAGCAGAGGGAUGAUGCUGUGAGCUCUGUGUCCGGUUUGGUGUCUCCUUGCCUUGCUCUGGGAUCUUUCAUCCCCACCGAGUCUUCCCCAGCCCCCCUGGAUGCUUCCCAGUCCAUCCAGUUCCUCCUGCUCUGGGGUCACAGGAGGGUUAAUUAAUUAGUGUGUGUUCAUUAGUACUGCACCCCCAGGGGUGUUGUCUCAGAACCCCCUGGUGUCACCCCCACCACCCCAAAACCUCUGGGUGAGGCUGCCAGGUGACCCUGAGCCUCCUGGAGGUGUCCCUGCCCCGUGACACCCAGCCCUGGCUCUUUCCUGCCAGGCUAAAAGGGUUUUACACUUCAUUUUUUUGGGGGAUACUUCUUGAAAAUCCUGCCCCACAUGGGGAGGGUUUGUGCCACCUGCCAAACCUGAGCUGCUGCUCCCAGCUUGGAAUUUGGGGGUUGUUUCUCUUCCCAGUGUCACCAGUUUGUUCUGUGCUGGGGAGCUGCUGUGGGCCCUGCCUCACUCCUGACCUCCCAAAGCAGCUGGGAGGGAGCUGGGAAGGGCAGGGGAGCACAGGGAAAAUCAAAAUCCUCCCUGGGGUUGUUAAGGGACAGGAGGGGAGCUGGAGAGGAGAGGAGAGCCCUUGGCCAUUGUCCCCGUGGGGCUGGGGGUCCCUCUGUGCCCCCCAUCCUGCACCUGGAUGUCCUGGGGGGACAGAGAUGCCAGGAUUUGGGAUUGGAGGUGGGGGACAGCCCUGGAGAGAGGCCUGUGGGAUGUGAGGGUCAGGGGAAGUGCUGAAGGUGGGGAGGAGAGGGGGGAGGAGGAGUUGGAGCAGGGAGGGAGCAGGGAGGGGACUCUGGGUGACCAGGGAGGGCUCCAGGUGACAUGGAAGGGCCCCAGGUGAACAGAGAGGGGCUCCAGGUGACAUGGAAGGGCCCCAGGUGACCAGAGAGGGGUCCAGGUGACAUGGAAGGGCUCCAGGUGACCAGGGAGGGUCCCCAGGUGACCAGGGAGCAGCUCCAGGUGACCAGGGAGGGCUCCAGGUGCUCACCUGGAGAAGAGAAGGAUCCAGGAGACCUCUGAGCUCCUUGCAGGGCCUCGAGGGGCUCUGAGCUGGGGUCUAGGGGUGUUCACAGGAGGCCUUGGCACCCUUUGUGUGCUGCCAUCAGUGCCUGGAAUGAGAAUUGUCCCCAGCAGGGUCAGCCCUGGCCGUGCUGGGGACCUGGGGGUGUGGGAGAGCCACGGGUCUGUCCCCUCCAGAGGGGCUCCAGGGCAGGAAAUCCCACAGGAAAUUCGGAUUAUUGUGGCUCUGGGGUGCCCUUGGCCACUGCUCAGCACGAGAUGUCUCCCCUGGCUGUGAGUAAACAGUUGUGGAUUAUAAUUACUAUUUUUUUUAAAAUCUUUUUGGGAGUUUUGUUUGUUUUUCUUUUCUUUUUUUUUUUUUUUUAAUGCACUGUGCUCUGAUUAAAAAAUUUUACUACUGUUUUAUAAAUAAAUGUAUAAAAGAAUGAACUGGAAUGGAAGAAGAAUCAUUAAAAAUAUAUUUAUUUACAACAUC